UAGGAGGCGAUGGAAAACAGAUCAUACAGAUACGAGAUCCUCAGGAUUGAAGGAUUGCGGAUCACACCUUACUCCGCUUAUCCGGUGUUCGUUCUUCUUUUCCUGAUCUAUGUGUUCAUUAUGGUAUCGAACAUUGGCAUUGUCAUGAUGAUAGCAAUGCAGAAAUCUCUUCACAAACCAAUGUACCUUCUCUUCUGUAACCUCCCUGUGAAUGAUGCACUCAAUGCUACCGUUGUACUUCCUGGUUUACUCAAAUACAUCUUGGUGGAAUCUGACAGGUAUAUCAGCUAUGCCGCAUGUGUAAUUCAAGCCUUUGGGGUUCACACAUUGAGCACAAAUUCCCACACUAUAUUAAUAAUCAUGGCUUACGACAGGUAUGUGGCCAUAUGCGAGCCGUUACGAUACCACACCAUAAUGACUAACAAAAUGGUUGUAGGUCUGUCUGAAACAGCAUGGGUGACUUCUACUGUCCAGGUCUUGAUCUUAUUCUCCCUCACUAUAAGGCUCUCUCAUUGUACUUCAACGAUAUCAAAUCCCUACUGUGACAAUCCUUCUCUGUUUAAACUUUCUUGUGAGGAUGUGUCUUUAAAUCAGAUCGUUGGUUUAUUUAUCACUGUCGUGUUUUGGAUUAUCUCGGUAUCGUCGAUCAGUCUGACUUAUCUAAAGAUCGCACAGGUUUGUCUAAAAAAUCGAAACAGCACACUGAAGAGCAAGGCUAUAAAAACAUGCAGCACCCAUCUGAUUGUGUAUCUCAUUCUCUUUGGAUGUGGCUGUACUGUGAUCAUUUUGCACCGUUUCUCAGCUCAUGAGGGACUUCGAAAUCUGGCCAGUGUCUUACUUUAUGUUAUUCCUCCAAGCCUCAACCCGGUCAUAUACGGCCUUCAAACCAAAGAAAUAAGACAGGGGAUUGAGCAGAUGUUCCUGAGAAGGAAAGUCCUUCCAGGAUGAUUUCCUUAUUAUUGAGUAAAUAUAGAAAGUAUACAAUGAUAUGUAUUGUUAUGUAUAUGAAUGAAGUGUUACAAAAAUGUAAGUAUUGCAAGCAGAAUGACUGGCAAUAAUGGCAUGUUAUACAAAUAUAUAUAUAUAUAGCAUGGAUAAAUUUAUACAAUGUAGCCCACUUCUACUGUUUUAUCUGCCCAGAUAAAGUGAGAUUAAGUAUUACCUUGUCUAUUAUUUUUAUUCAGAUUUUCACUAGAUAUACCUAUAUUGCCUGUCAAGAUGUUUGCUUAUAAAAUAUAUUGCCCAGUACUGUGCAAACGUCUGGUGUAAAGAAAUGCUGUAAAGCAAAGACGACCUCAAAACUAAUGAAAUUGGUUCUAAAAAAUACAUUUAAAAAACCCACACAAAAUACUAUAAAGAGCAGUAAACAGCUCUAAAUGAAACAAAGACAAUAUUUAAUAUGAAAAUCUUUUGCCUUAAACAAUACUUCAGUGGUCUUAGGUACACUUGGUGUAGUUUGAAGAAAUUGGCUGGUAAGGUUUUCUAACUAUCUUGUAGAAUCUGCUAUAUUUAUUCUGGAGAAUUUGAGUGUCACACAUAUGUUACCUUCCUUACUGACAUGAAAACAUUUCUGUGUAACAUUUCGUUAUUUUAUGGGAAAGUAAUGUCUGGAAUUCUGUUUUUAUUUUUUUAUUUUUUUUACUGAUCCAAUAAUGCAG